GGGUGGGCUCCGUUCCACGCACGCAGCAGCCGAGCGCGGGGGGCGGGGAAGGGACCUGCUGCCGCAGCAGCCGCCCCGGCGCUCCGGGCGCGCGCGGAGACUCCCUGGCUCCGGCCGCCCCGCUCCAUGCCGCUGCUCUGCGGAAGUGUCGCGGGGGGUGGCGGCAGCACCGAGCACCAGAGGCCCGGGCCCGGCGCCCUGCGGCACUAGGCGCCCCCGCGGCCCGGCCCCCCGCGCGCCCGGCGCCCGCCGCAGCCUGCAUGCCCCGCGCCGCGCCGCGCCCGGCCCCCGCCCGCUCGCCCCGCCGCCGCCGCGCGCCGGAGUAAUAUGCUCACUCGCGUGAAAUCUGCCGUGGCCAAUUUCAUGGGCGGCAUCAUGGCUGGCAGCUCGGGCUCCGAGCACGGCGGCGGCGGCUGCGGAGGCUCGGACCUGCCCCUGCGCUUCCCCUACGGGCGGCCGGAGUUCCUGGGUCUGUCUCAGGACGAGGUGGAGUGCAGCGCCGACCACAUCGCCCGCCCCAUCCUCAUCCUCAAGGAGACCCGGCGGCUGCCCUGGGCCACCGGCUACGCAGAGGUCAUCAACGCUGGGAAGAGCACACACAACGAAGACCAGGCCAGCUGCGAGGUGCUCACUGUAAGGAAGAAAGCAGGGGCCGUCGCCUCCACUCCAAACAGGAACUCGUCCAAGAGACGCUCCUCCCUCCCUAAUGGGGAAGGGCUGCAGCUGAGGGAGAAUGCGGAAUCCGAGGGCGUCGCCUGCCACUACUGGUCGCUGUUCGAUGGUCACGCGGGGUCCGGGGCGGCCGUGGUGGCCUCGCGCCUGCUGCAGCACCACGUCACGGAGCAGCUGCAGGACAUCGUGGACAUCCUGCGGAACUCGGCCGUGCUGCCGCCCACCUGCCUGGGCGAGGAGCCGGAACACACGCCGGUCGGCAGCCGCGCACUGACCCGGGCCGCGUCCCUGCGCGGCGGCGUUGGGGCCCCCGGCUCGCCCGGCACCCCGGCCACGCGCUUCUUCACCGAGAAGAAGAUCCCGCACGAGUGGCUGGUGGUCGGGGCUCUGGAGAGCGCCUUCAGGGAGAUGGACCUACAGAUAGAGCGAGAGAGGAGCUCGUAUAACAUAUCCGGUGGCUGCACAGCCCUGGUCGUGGUGUGCCUUCUGGGGAAGCUGUACGUGGCCAAUGCCGGGGAUAGCAGGGCCAUCAUCAUCAGAAAUGGAGACAUCAUCCCCAUGUCUUCGGAAUUCACCCCCGAGACAGAGCGCCAGCGACUUCAGUACCUGGCAUUCAUGCAGCCGCACCUGCUGGGGAACGAGUUCACACACUUGGAGUUUCCAAGGAGGGUGCAGAGAAAGGAGCUCGGGAAGAAAAUGCUCUACAGGGACUUUAAUAUGACAGGCUGGGCAUACAAAACCAUCGAGGAUGAGGACUUGAAGUUCCCCCUGAUAUAUGGAGAAGGCAAGAAGGCCCGGGUGAUGGCAACCAUUGGAGUGACCAGGGGACUCGGGGACCACGACCUGAAGGUGCAUGACUCCAACAUCUACAUAAAGCCAUUCCUGUCUUCAGCUCCAGAGGUAAGAGUCUAUGAUCUCUCCAAAUACGAGCACGGAGCAGAUGAUGUGCUGAUCUUGGCCACCGACGGCCUCUGGGAUGUCUUAUCCAAUGAAGAAGUAGCUGAAGCCAUCACCCAGUUUCUUCCUAACUGUGAUCCCGACGAUCCUCACAGGUACACACUGGCAGCCCAGGACCUGGUGAUGCGUGCCCGGGGUGUCCUGAAGGACAGAGGAUGGCGGAUAUCUAAUGACCGACUGGGCUCAGGAGAUGACAUUUCUGUAUAUGUCAUUCCUUUAAUACAUGGAAACAAACUGUCAUGAAAAUGGUCCUGGGGAUUGGGAAGACAGAGGGGAAGAAAAUCAAGCGGGGUUCCUCUCCGCAGGGUGGACCUGGGAUGUGCCCCUGCGAGUUCCCUCCGGUGAUGGAGACUCCUCCCGGCCCAGUGUCGGGGGUGGGGAGGGUUUGCUGCCAAAAGGCCUCUGGCUGUGCUUCAAGAUGACCCUUAGGUUUCCGCGUCUUCUUUAGUAACAGGCCAGCUCUACGAGAGUAAAACACAAAGGCUGCUACUGAGUGUUGUGUUUGUUAGUUCCUUCUAGGGGCCUCCCCGCUGGCCAUUGCCUGUCUGGGGCACAUACCUUGUAUUUAUUUUAUGUAGAGUAGCUGGGCAGCCAUUUUCACGUGUAACUGGCAGGCAGUUCCAGUCUGUCAAGCUGUCAACUUCCCUACCUGGGUAACAAGUACUGUGUUGGAAAGUGGGGAACCACACCUCCAGUGUAAGCGCCCACCUCCAGCAACCCUGAGACUGAGCUCCAGGCCCGCGGCCCACCUGCCCUCGUCCCCUCUCUCUGUCUUGUGGUAAUGGUGGGGUAAGGCAGGGACUUAUCUCUUUUUUGACAUUCCUUCAAAUUUCUUUUCUUUUCCAUAAAACAGGGCUGGGAAUUUCCAGCUCCUUGCUGAGGAAUUUCUGUGUCAGAGUCCACCCUGGGCUGGCUCGUCCCCAUGUCCUCCAGAGAGCCUCCGGGACAGCCCUGCAGGACAGUGUCAUUGUUGUCUGACAUUUGCUGCAGCGUUGCAUUUUCUCACCAAGUCAGUGUGUUUUCAUGAAAAUAUCUGGGUGUUUCUUUGGACCAAGAGUUUCUCUCUCGUCUUCAGCACCUCCCUUGUAUGACUUGAGGUUCCUGUGUGAGUCAGGGUUUUCCCCUCUGGAGUGGCUGGCCCUGUCGUACCUGCUGUGUUGUGGGGACACAUAUAAAGCAGUAUCCAUCCAUUCUAGGAGGUUUAUCAUAUCCGCCAGUUCACCAGACCUCAUCCGAAGACACUUUUAGAUUCAGGUUUCGUGAGCUGUGACUGUCCCCAAGCCCUCUUCAAACUAAGUGUCAGUAUCAGCGUUCUGUCAAGGAGCAGCCUUUCUACUGCCCCCAUCAGGUUUGUGCAGGGUCCACUCAGGGUGGCACUUUGAUAAAAGUGAACUUGAAUAGGGUUGACGGAUCAUUCCCAUGCUAUGCGCCUGUCCCUUCUCUGGAGAAUCACGUCCUACCGACCCCAAACUGAGCUCCUGUUCCACUGUGGUUCCACCUGUGAGUGUCUCAUACAGACAGUGGCAGCAGAUGCCACUGUGCACCUGCAGUUUCUCUGCCGAGAGGAGCGGCGCAGUCUCUCAGGCCUCCUGCUCUGCAUGGGUUUGUAAGACAAUCCUAGUUGCCUGGUCCUCUUCCUCAGGGCUACCAGCGUCCUCACCAUCCUGACAACUGAGUGUAACUAAAACACUCUCUGACCCAAUAAAGAAAAAGCUUGUUGGUGUGAUCCACCCCAAAAUGCUAGAGAGCCGACGCCACUUCUCAUGUUUGUCUUUGGAAUUCCUUCUUAGAUGACAGGAGCGGAACCAUUCCUCAGGGGUAGUAAAUCACUGCAUCCAUAGGGUUUAGAUAUUUUAUUCAUAAAGGCUGGGAGCCAUCCUACUCAGGAAUGAAUUCAUCCCCCAGUGUGGAGACAACAUCCUGUCUGGCAGGUGACCUGCAGGAAUUCACCCCACCAGGUAUUGGUCCCAGUGCUGCCUGGGAAGGACUGGGCCAUCACCUUGUCAGGAGUCAUCUUUGUCUGACAGAAUCUCCUCCUCUUUCAGUACAUCUAAGCUACCCCAAACAUCUCUCUGGGGGGAUUUGUGGUAAACCGUUUGCGGUAAACCGAUUUGUGGUAAACCGUUUGCCUUGCUGGUAGCAUCUCAUGCUGUGGGGAAACUUCUGGGCAGCCUUGUGGAGCGUCUUAUGUGAGGGCCCUGAGCUGCCGCCUCUGGGACCUCCCCUGUGUUCCCAUUGCCUUUCAUUUCUUCGCUUUUCUGGGCCUCACUUUGAGCUUCUCUAGUUUUAUUACAGCUACCGAGUCGGAAUUUGGGUAUAGACAUGACAGCCUUCCACUCAGUUCACCAAUUCACCUACUGCCAAGUUACAACUCAGGAAAACUCUGGAAACCCUAAUUCAGAAUCCCCUGAAAUCUUGAGAAUUUAAUCCUAUCGAUUUGAGUUAGAAAGGCAUCCAGGAAUUCUUUUCAGAAGCCCCCUUGGGUGAAACAAUCUUAGUAGCAAGAUGAACUCUUGUUUGUGUUGGGGGGACUAAAUCAAAAGUGGGGAAUGGGUGGGUUAGUAAUGCCCAGGGCACCUCUGCCCAGCACUGGAAGUGCUCUGUGAAUUGAGCUUUCUUAGUUUGGGCCUUAUUUUUCAUCCUCAAGUCACCCGUUCCAGAAUAGGGAGUGUGUCUACACAAUGGGGAGGCCCUUGGAGCAUUCCUGGACAGGCCAAAGGUCAGCCCACUUUAAAAUUCUGCAGAAUAUAUUUGGAUGUGGUUCUGAAAUCUGCUUGUCAUAGUAGCCUCGGAGGAAGCCUCGUUUAAUAAAAAGCUUUUGGUUUCCUAGUCAAGUGUUUAUGGUUGUCUUGGGAGGGGGGUGGCCCCUUCCUCUAAAGAAAGACUUUUCAGCUCUAGAUCUCCCUGUCGGACCGGCCCCUGCUCUUCAAACUGGUGAAAAUCUGUUCCUUAAAGAGAGCGAACUCGCACACCGUCCACGCUCUGGUGUUUCUCUAGGCAACAGCCACAGCUUUGUUUGUGUAAUACCUAAAAUCACGGCGGUGUCCAGGGUGCAAGGUGUGUUCUGCUGUGGUUGUGUAGACCUGGCUACUUGUUCUCGAGUCAGGAAAGGAAGGGUGAAAGUCAGGCUGGGCCAAGCAUAUUCAGCUGUCUAAUAGGAAAAAGCUUUAAAAAGUCAAAAUUUCAGUUAUUUUCCACAGUAUUCCAUUUCGAAGGAUUUGGGGUGUUUAAUUUUUUUAGUAACCAGCAGCAUCCCUCCCUGGGGCCUUGUGAGCUCAGCUGCAGCUUCUUCUGACUCUUCCAAGGACCAUUUACUUCCUGGGAGGAGUUACGGCCGUGAGCAGAUCCUGAUGGCAAGAAUGAGGCCCCUACCCAGAUUUAGCCUCAGAACUUGGCCACAGGGUUUUCAGCUUACCCAGAGCACUGGAGUAGAAACACUUGGGGGGAAUCUCCCAUAUCUUUAAAAUUCCAUCCCGUCUUGAUACCCCUUUCCUCCUGUCCUUCCUGGUCUGCCCGUCAGCUCUAUUUGUAAGGCCCUAGUGGGCAGUUUGAGGACCUCACUUUUCCCGAAGUGACCCAUCCGCUACACUGUUUUCAAAGUGAUUGCUACAUUAAGCUUUGAUCAGAUUCUGUUUUCAGAGCAUUAGUGCUUUGGGACACUUGGAGAAUGUGGAGAGAGUUGUCUAUGCAAGGAACGACCAGGCUGAUAACAAAAGUUAUCAAAUCUAAGAAAAUGGGAAACUGGUCUCUGGUAGGACCAAGCUGUAUGUUAGGAACUCAGAUUUUUGAGGACUUACCAUUGCAGAGAAAUGUCACACCUAUGCUCGGGAGCCCACAUCUCUGAGCAAACCGGGUUCAUGGGUGGCAUGUGGGAUUCAUCACAGGACACUACACAAGUGGUGAGAUCUGCCGCCUGUGAGCACCGGGCCUUCUGUCAGAUUUGAGUGCCAGUCUGGAGAGCACUGCUCUUCCAAAUCCCUGGUGUCACCUGUGUAAAUAGCUAUGACUUUCCCUCUGUGUCUUCAGUGAACUUGUGUCAUGUAGUGACCAGGUAGAUGUCGCUACAUCUACCUAUUUGGUGACCAAAUAAGGCUGCAGACCUGCGUCAUCCUACUGUGAUGUACUUGAGGAAGAGCAGCCUGGGCCUCCAUGCUUCUGCUCUCCCACGAGUUCGUGCUGUUCGUUUGGGGAAUCUAGAGGUGUCUUUCUGACUCCUACUUUGCCCCCAGUUUUCUAGGUUUCCUCUGGAGACCCAGGGAGGCCCAUUCAGAAGAUCAUCUGUAAGGAAGGUAUCAUGGUCUGGGUUUCCAGAACCGCCCUCCGUACAGUGAAUGAGAGAAAUCUGCCUGGACACGGCUCCAGAACCAUGUCCCUUUAUGCCUCGUGAUUGUGAAACACUGAACUUCCGUACCCCCAAAUGGACACUGGUUAGUAAAGGGGAUCUAUUUUGUGUGUUUUGAAAUUUAGGUGCAAUGUCCCCUGGGAAAAGCUAAAGAAAUGUAUAUGCUCAAUGACAUUUUAAAAUAAAAUAUUAUAUAUAUGUAUAUAGGA